CCCUUCUUUAAAAGAAUGGGAACAAGAAAAUUUGGACGAGUAAUUAGAAGUAUGGACAAUAGGUUUAGUAAUGAGAUAAUGGGAGACUGGGAACAGGAGGACGAUGAUAGUAGGAAGAAGGCGGCCAUGGGGAAGAGGGGUUCUGGAAGUGGACAAACACUACCAUUCUGCCAGGUGGAAGGGUGCACGACCGAUAUGACUAGGUCCAAACCAUAUCACCGACGACAUAAAGUGUGUGAGGUUCAUGCUAAGGCUCCAAUUGUGGUUAUUGGUGGACGCCAACAGCGUUUCUGUCAGCAAUGCAGCAGGUUUCAUGACCUGUCAGAAUUUGAUGAUGUGAAAAGGAGUUGUCGUAGGCGUUUGGCUGGGCAUAAUGAACGACGGCGCAAAAGCUCCUAUGAAUCUUACGGAGAAACUUCUGGAUGAGAAUCUUCAAAUUAUGAAAGAAGAUUCUUGUAAUGAAAUAAGACAUAAAUAACAACACUAUUAUAUCGACUAGGCACGCUCCCUCUCUUCUGUCAGUCUAUGGACUAUAGAGUUUUACUCUACUGUCUUAACUUAUAUGUAAUAAUACUAAAGCGUUAUCUAUUUCGGCGCAUGGCCCACAGGUGUACUUAAUAAGUUCACACCGUUGCUAAUAAAGGAAACCAUACACCCUCCGAAUACUUAAUCGCUUCAUUACGCAACCCAUUUGGUAAGCAGUUUUCGGAUUCCUGUAUUACUGUUGUAUAAAUGAAGUAUACAAGUGCACCAGUGUUUUGUUUUA